GGAGCGGCGGAGGCGGCUUCGACUUCGAGCCUUCCCUGGGAGAGUACGCGCCGCCCGGCUCGAGGGUCCCCGGCCGUUAGCAGGCCCGCCCUCCGGGUGGGGACCGGCCACCACCAUGUCGAUUUUCACGCCCACCAACCAGAUCCGCCUGACGAAUGUGGCCGUGGUGCGCAUGAAGCGCGGGGGGAAGCGCUUUGAGAUCGCAUGCUACAAGAACAAGGUCGUGGGCUGGCGCAGCGGCGUGGAAAAAGAUCUUGAUGAAGUUUUGCAGACCCACUCUGUGUUCGUAAAUGUUUCUAAAGGCCAAGUUGCUAAAAAGGAAGAUCUUAUCAGUGCUUUUGGAACCGAUGACCAGACUGAAAUCUGUAAGCAGAUUUUAACAAAAGGAGAAGUGCAAGUGUCAGAUAAAGAACGACACACACAGCUGGAGCAGAUGUUUAGGGAUAUUGCAACAAUUGUAGCAGAUAAAUGUGUAAAUCCUGAAACAAAGAGACCAUACACCGUCAUCCUCAUUGAAAGAGCAAUGAAGGACAUCCACUAUUCCGUCAAACCCAACAAGAGCACAAAGCAGCAGGCCUUGGAAGUAAUAAGACAGUUGAAGGAAAACAUGAAGAUUGAGCGGGCCCACAUGAGGCUUCGAUUCAUUCUACCUGUGAGGGAGGGGAAAAAGCUCAAAGAAAAGCUCAAACCAUUGAUCAAGGUGGUAGAAAGUGAAGACUUUGGUGACCAGUUAGAAAUCGUGUGUCUCAUUGACCCUGGCUGCUUUAGAGAAAUUGAUGAGCUGAUACAGAGGGAGACAAAAGGAAAAGGUUCUUUGGAAGUUCUCAGCUUGAAAGACGUGGAAGAAGGAGAUGAGAAAUUUGAAUGAAAGCUUUUCACUGUCUCUUUACUUAUAAACACAACACUAAAAGGUGUUCUCACUUCCCUCAGCACUGUUAACUUCUGUGUUUUUUUUUUUCUGCCAAAUACUUACUUAGACUGCUUAAUUUGAGGUUUUCAUUCUAGUAUGUGUGAUAAUUAAACAAGUCACUUAUAUACAGAUUAUUCAGUAUAAAAAUCCUAAUGUGGAAUAAAUGCAUCCUGGCUGUCAAGUUGGGCUACUAAUAUUAAAAGAAUCAGGGUGAACCUCUUGCUGUUCUGCAUUCUACCUGGGCAUCUGGGCUCUCUGUGUCAUCCUAAUUUAGACAGUGGCCAUCCAGUGUUAACUUUAUAUCUAUGAGAGUUGUCUCAAAGUUUACACUAAAAAUUCAUGCUUUAGAAACAUUCCUUGACAGAAAUGGAGUGUGUGCACAAAGAUGUAAGCCUGCAGCGUUUCUGCAGGACAGAAUUUGAGUGAUUUUAAUUUGGCCUAAUAUUAAGCUGGGUGUUGUGACUUGCCAACUGACACUGCUUUUAAUGUGUGUGUGUACAGAUAUAGAUAUAUAUCUAUAUACAUAUAUAGAUACACAUACACAGUUACUGACUGCCCGUCAGUAUUCUCACGUAGUAGCAUGCUGCCAAAAUGUAAAAGACUAUCUUUGGUUUAAAAAGAAAUUAAGUCAUUCAUGAUAAUUUUUAAAAUUUAUAAUAUAUGUUAAUACAAAUGAAGUUAUAUGUAACAAAUAAAACCUCUAUUAUUUUUAUUAAACAAUGGCCUGUGUGUUUCGAAACAAUAUCUUCCCAUUUUUGUCAGUUUUACAUUCUGUGUCAUGUAGGACUGAGAAAUAACAUGCCUUCUUUUGGAUUUGUAAAAGAAGGUUUAAUUAUUUAAUACAAAUAUCCAAAUAAAUGAGCUUCAGUUUUUUUUUUAAGACAAACUCCUAAAAUAGGUUACAUUAUAGAAGAUGAACUGUAGCUUUAUAUAACAUAUAUUUUAACAAAACAAUAUUUUUCCUUAGUAAAAAACAGAAAAUAAAUAAAUUCCCCUUGUAAAUAAGCCUGAUAUACAAGUCUUAGGUACUUCUUAAUCAUUAGGGCUAUACAUCCUAAUCAUGUACCAGAUGUCCUAAUUAGGGCUUUCUCAGAUACAAACAUCUACCAAAACUAAAUUAUUUUAUACCAAAAUUAAAAUUGUUUAUUAAAAGUGUUUAUUUCAAGUUCUACAUUCCUUCUAGCAGGACAUAAUAUUCUUACUGCUUAAUAUGUAUGGAAAGGAAUAUUAAUGAUGGUAUUUGACAUGCGCAAAGAGUGCCCCACAAGUUGGCAUCAACUUUACUGUUCUGUCCAAUAUUUUUUUUGUAAUCAGUUUAAGUUUGCCUAUAAAACUUACAAAUUAUGUAGUUGGCAUUAAAUGCAUUUAUCAUUAACCAUAGUGCUAUGAUGCUUUUUUAACUCUUUAUAAUACAAUUGUCUGUUGUUGAUCAAGAUGACAUCUUUAAUGGGGGCUGUAGUGAAAUGUUAAAAUAUGAUACUCCCCCACUCAUUCUCUUUAGAGUAAAGGGUAAAAUGAAAGAAGGAGAGGCAGAAGAACACCUGAUCUGAGGGAUUUCAAAGUGAGGAAGCUAACAUUUAAAGGUGUGUUAAGUGCAUUUGGGGUCUUAUCAACCAUGAUACUUGUAUUGGGCAGAUACACUAGGUUGCUAGGCACUAGCCUUCUCAGGUGUAUUCUGUUGUUAUACCUAUAACAUUCAAAAUACUCCAUUUGGCCUCUGAGGAAAUGUCACUUAAAUCAAACUCCCAGUGACAGGAAGGGCCCGCCUCCUCAUUUGUACCAGGAAUUCACUCAGGUGAAUGGUGGGUGUUUUUCCUAAUAAGGAUUUUCUACAAGCAUGAAUUUUGUCAACUACUAGGUAACACACAACAUUUAAAGGACCCACUGGUGAUAGUGAAAGGACAUGAAAAGGCAAUUUUCUAAGGAAGCUAUCAACAGCCAUAAGGGAAAGCUGCCCCAAAUCACUAAUAAUUGGAGAAAUGCAAAUUAAAGGAAACCUGAGGUUCCAUCCAUCCAUCCAUCAAUAUUGACAGUUGACAAUUAAAAGAAAGUCACAAAUGUUGGAGAGGCUGCUGGAAAACAGGCCUGUUAGUGUACUGUUGGUGGAGCCGUGAACUGGUAAAAAACCAUUUUAGAAAGCAUUGGGGCUGUGCCCAACACAUCACUAAAUUAUUACUCUCCUUUGACCUAUCUCUACUAUUAGGCCUGUAUUCCAAAGAGAUCAAAGAAAGAGGGAAAGGAAUACGUACAAAAAUAUUUAUAGCAGCUCUUUCGUAGUAGCAAAGCACUGGAAACUAAGGGUGUGCCCAUUAACCGUAGAAUGGCUGAACGAAUAGCAUGUGAAUGUAACAGUGCCAUUGAGCACUGAAGAAACAUGAAGGAGACAGUUCCAAGGAAAGCUGGGAAGAUUUAUAUGAACUAAUGCAGAGUGAAGCGAGCAGAACCAGAAGAACCGUUCAUACAAUGACAGUACUAUAAAGACAACUCUGAAAGCCUUAAGAACUCUGAUCAAUGCUAUGACCAACUAUAAUUCCAGAGGACUCCAUGAAAGAUGCUACCCACCUCCUAACAGGGGAUGGACUAAAAGACAAAGCACAUUUUGGGGUGUGGCCAAUAUGAGAAUCUGUUUUCUUUGACUGUAUUUCGUACCAGGGUUUGUUUUUCUUCAAUGUUUGAAGAGAAAGGCAUGGAGAGACAACAAUCCAUUUCUGUCCAUUAAAAAAAUAAAAUUUAAUAAAAUUUUAAAAAAUUAAAAA